GUUUUACGGUGGAAAAAACAGUUGAGUCCUUCCCUAACCAUUGAUCUUCCACUAGAGCUGCAAGUGAAAGUCUUGUGUGCUCAAGGAGUUCUUUACACUAAACAGAAAAAGCUCACCAAGGCUAAGGAGAAGCUUGAGUAUAGUAUCGAUCUUAUCCAGAAGAAAGGCUCAGGGCCUGAGGACCCUUGCCUGGUAGUGCCAUUGCAGCAGCUUGGCCAGCUCCUGUUGGAAUAUCCUCAAGAAGACCAAGACAAAAAGGCCGGCCUCAACUGUUUGGCCCGGGUGGUGCACAUCACACAAGUCAGCAAUCGUCCAGGCAGUGUGGCGGAGUGUGAGGCUCGAGGGUUACUGCUACAACAUCGUCUUCAGCUACAGAGUAUAGAUACCCAAGAGGCCUUAAGAGAACUGCACAAACUCGGUCUCCUUUUCUCACGCUUGCAUGGAGAGCAUAGUCCCCGUACAGCUGCUAUCCACAAUCUUACAGUGCAGGUACUUGUGCAGGAAGAGAACUACUCUGAGGCCAUAAAGCACCUUCAGUCGUUCCUCAAGCACUGCAAGGAGACUCAUGGUGAUUACACCUCACAGGUCUGUGGGGUCCUCCGACAACUUUCCAGAGUAUACGCUCUCUCAGGGGACCUGGGUCGGGCUGCUCUGGCCCUCGACCAGUGCCUACAGGUGGAAAUCCUCCUCUAUGGCACCUCCUCCCGCCGUGCUCAAGCCUCUCGCAUAAGAUUACAGGAGAUGAUGCAAAAGUUGCCUAUACCAAUGAGAAAGAAGAUGUUCAGGAAAUACCCAGAGCUGCAAAAGAAACCCCGCUUCUGCAACCUAUAAGGAACAUUUUCUCUCCUGAUUCUACAUGAGCCAUCCAUCUUUUAGCUUCCUGCAAGUCAAGCAUCCGCUUACAUGCGAAUGAGUAGCAACACUGCUCAGCUUUAGCAAAAUACCAACUCAUUGCAGUCUUCAGUGGGGCAAGUCACUUGGUCUAUACAGCCAAUAAAAUUCUUAUGAAGCCAAGAGAUAGAGCGUAAUAUAAGAAGUAAUUUUUACUUUUUCAUGAUAUUUCAUUAUAUGAUAUUUCAUGUUCUAUCUCCACUCUUCCACACCACUGAAAUGCCUUCAUGGUCUGACAUUCAAACAAAGAAGUGGAGAAAAGAGUUUAUCAUUGUAUCUUAUUAAGGGUGGGUCUGCGAUGUUCUUUCUUGGUGGAAACACCGUUUUUGUUGAUUUUCUAUAGUAACUUUGUCUAAAGUUGUACUUUCUCAUGGUGUAUAAUUCCUCCAGAAAUUAUUUCAUUCCCAAGCAUUAAAUACGAGGCAUGAAUAUUUGUUACCAGUAAUAUAUUGUUCUUUAAAAGCUGCAUUCUAACAAACCUGACUUACCAAUAUCCUUCGUAUAGUUGUAAAAUGAAAGAUUAUACCUUUGGUACGAGUUUGCGUAAUUUAUAUUUUACAAAGCUUUUAUUUUAAAUAUAUUAUGAUUUUUUUUGCUUUCAAAAACUCUCAGGAAUCUGUGAAAUUGCGAGGAAAAAAUAAUACCAUAUAGCUAUGUACAAAAAUCCUUUUAUUUUGUUCAACACGAAAGAAAGGACAUUAUUCUUUAAAAUAAAAAUAAAUGAAAUCGGGUGAUAAGUUUCUGAGAAAUGUCUUUUUAAGGUGUUGAAAGCAAACUUUACAGGCGAGGAUAUUUAAAGAUGUCCGCCAUGUGUCAGGGCGGAGAUUUAAUUAAAAUCCACCCGCAGUAUAGUCCUCGCUGUCUUUCACCUGCUUCGUUUUCUUCUUAAGCCUCAGUCACAUAUUCACGAUUUCGGCUCCCGGCGCCGUCCCGACGUCAGAAAAUGUUGCCCUUCACGGUGAUCGCCAUCCUCCGGCAGGCCAUCUUCGGGGAUCGUUGCGGCUCCGCCACAUCUCACCGGCCGCCGCGGCGCGGGAGGCCGCACGCCGACAGUUUUGGAAAUGUUCAAAACAAUUGGCGCCCUCCACGACAUCUGUCAUCUGCCGGCAAGAAGCCACGAACGUCGGAUCACCAUCGCAACAACGUCGUUUCGUAGUCGGCAAUGGUCGGCACUGAAGGGGACCUCCUAACGGUGGUCGUAACGUACGUCUGGCAGCGUUGUCACUCAACCGACUGCAUACAGAUUUGUCCACGGCGCCACGCCGAGCAUCUGUUCGGGGCGGAGAUGGAGUGGCGGCCGCCGUGGGUAGAUAAACAGGUGUUUCCGGUCCGCGCUCCCUCUUCGUUCCAGUUUUUUUCCUGCAUUAACCAUGGGUGCAGACAAAGGAGCCAACAUCGAACACGUGCCCACCAGUUCACCACUAUCACAUUGCCAUGGCCCUGCCACCACCAACACCGCUUAUCCAACAACCCUUGACCCUGCCGCCCAUGCCUUCCAGUAUCAAGACACGGAGGAGGAGGAGGAGGUGGGCAGUCAGGUCAAGGGCAAGCCCAGCAGGAGCAAGAAACAGGUGUCACCCGGCGUGCUUGUUUUUGCUUCUUCCACUGACGAUACAACAGCAGCAGUCUGGUUAAAUCUAUUGUCUGUAGCAGGUUGGCCUGGUGGUUGUAUUGGAGGAAGGCAAUGACAUAAUUCUGGGUUGUAGCCUCCAUCAUGCAGUCUGUGGGUGGUGUUGGUCUUCUGGAAGAGCGGGCAAAGUGUGGUCCAUGGUGCGUACUCCCCUUUUUUAUUGUCAUCUGGACACAGGUGAAGGUCUCAAGAUGAUCGCCAGCAGUCCUAAUAACGUCCUAAUAACGUCGCUAUCACCCCCAGAUGGUGUUACGAUCGUCCUUUUCCGGUCGGUGUCAAUUAGGACUUUCGUCAACAGCCGUAGCCAUUAUGUCGGGAGGUCAUCGCUCCCCACAUACAACGGUCGGAACACCGUCCGCACCCAUCGAGAUGCCGUCUUAAUAACGUCGUUACUUGACGUAACGCCGUCGCAGCAGCACACCCAUCGGUCAUGCAGACAGGAUUAUCGGCAUAUCGAACGUCGGGACGGCGCCGGGAGUCAUUAUCAUGAAUGUGUGACUGGGGCUUUACUCUUACUUUGAAAUCUCGGUGAGUGGUGACCCUAUGAGUGGCAGAACAGAUCCACUCACGUAUCCUACGUUGUAGUCCAGGACGGCUUGACCAAUGGCGAAGUUCAAUAUGGUCUUGUUGGCGUUCUUGUACUUUGAACAAUAACGCCAUAUCCUGGAGUGCUGGUGUUCUAUCUAGCACUCCCAGGGCAGACUUUGAAAUCUCGGUGAAUGGUGACCCUAUGAGUGGCAGGGCAGAUCCACUCACGUAUCCUAUGUCGUAGUACAGGACGGCUUGACCAAUGGCGAUGUUCAAUAUGGUCUUGUUGGCGUUCUUGUACUUUGAACAAUAACGCCAUAUCCUGGAGUGCUGGUGUUCUAUCUAGCACUCCCAGGGCAGACUUUGAAAUCUCGGUGAGUGGUGACCAUAUGAAUGCCAGAGCAGAUCCACUCACGUAUCCUACGUUGUAGUACAGGACAGCUUGACCAAUGGCGAUGUUCAAUAUGGUCUUGUUGGCGUUCUUGUAUUUUGAACAAUAACGCCAUAUCCUGGAGUGCAGGUGUUUAUUAGGAUUUUGUGUUUUACCCAAUAAGCACGCUGUCAGGAUCUUGUCAAAUGUCAGCCGCUUGUACUCCCCCCACCCUCUUUGUCGGAGGUCACUUUGGCAGCUGAAAUCUUACACGCAUCUUCUUGUGGGUAUGUGGUUGCUGGUGGUUUGCAAUGGUACUCUGGCAGAAAUAACAACUGUCGGUUUUAUUUGGGCACAGGUGAUGCUGGGGGUUCUCUCGUCAAAGGAGGAAUAGUGUAGGAAUGUUGCACUGAUGUCCUUUCGCAGGUCCUACACUGUCCCUCCUACGUGCCGUCGAACUGCGAUCCCGUAAUAUCUUGUGAGGUUCUUUUUUUACAAAGUGUCAAUUCCCCUUUACCUCGAUCCCAUGUGCAUCAGUCCCCUCACUUUCCCGGUCUUUGUCUUCUUUUCAGUCACCACCUGAUAUCUGACUUUUUUUUAGAGCUGUUCCUAGCCUUUUCGACACAUGAUUGAUACACCCAUGCAGUGAGAUGCCAAAGACAUUCAGGAAUGUAAUUUAUACCAAAUGAAGAUAUCCCAUAUAACAGUUUAGAUUUUUUAUACAAAAUAUACUCGUAGUGUCAUAUAUACGUACUGGGGUUGCCAACGGCUGUAAUAUUCUAUCUAUUUAAGACUUAAAUAGAUAGAAUAUUGCAACCAAAGUCAAAAUAUGCCAAGUAAAGUCACUCUGCCUUCAAAACUGCGACCAGCACGCGCAGGGGGGCGGUUUGGGGCGGAGCAGCGGGAUGACGUCACUUGAAGCCAGUUCACGGGUGACUAAAGUUGUGGCCGUGUGUACACUUUGGAGGUGCAUUCUCGCCUUCUUUCACCGUGCAUUCAGGCAAGCCACUGGCGAAAAAAUAUGCCUUUUUAUUGUGCUAUACGUGACUGCAAUUCCAAUGCCUACAAACGGCGGUGUGGGGUGUGAGAGGGGUCAAGUUGAAGUGAUUGAUUUAUAUUAGUCCGCCUUUCUUCGUUUUCUUUAAAUUCCUGUUUCUACGUUCUCUAGUUUGGCUCCAAGAAACGUCACGCAUAAGCCACGCCUCUCCCGUGUCUCCUCCCACAAAGUUGCGUAUGACUUGAUUUGGUAUAUAUAGACUGAUUGCAACCGCUGGCAACACCAGUAAUACGUAUAUAUGACACUACGAGUAUAUUUUGUAUAAUAAACCUAAACUGUUAUAAUGGAAUAUCUUUAUUUGGCAUAAAUUACAUUCCUGAAUGCUUCUGGCAUCACACUGCAUGGGUGUAUGGAUGUGUCGAAAAAACUAGGAACAGCUCUAAGAAAACUCAGAUAUCAGGUGGUGACUGAAAAGAAGACAAUUACAAGUAUUUUUUAUGACUUAAAUUUUGUCAUAAAAAAAAAAUUAGAAGGCAGAUACAAUUGUAAUUCUUUGGCAGGGUAUUGCCACCAUCACACACGAAUAUUAGACUUUUAUUUUAUCUAAAAUUGGAUCAUUUUUAUAGAAAUUAGUGUAUAUUUGACUCCGACACCCCCUCAAUGUAUAUUUAUUUCAAAUGUUGCGAAUCUGAUGUAUUUCUGCCUUGUUUGAUAAAUAAAAGACUGUACGAAUA